AAAUAAUUAAAAUGGGCUCUUGUUGCAGUGACGGCCGUGUUCAGAGGUACGAAGCCAAGUUUGAUGUCAAGAAAACAGCUAAUAGAAUAUCCAAGAAAGGAGAAGUUAGCCAAUUUUCCCAGAAGUUUCAAGGACCAGGGGUUGAAGGAUACAUCAACAAUGAUCAAAGAUUAGAGGAGUAUAUGUAUUUUAAGAGUUUGGCUAGAAAGGAUCCUACUGAAUUUCCUCAUCAGAUUGUUCAAUCAAAUAUUACUCCAAAAGGACAUAAUAAGAAAAAGAAGCCAAAGAGAGCAUCAUCUAGCUCUUCAAAUUCUUCAAAGAAGUCAAAACCCUCGCGUUCUUCCAGCUCUUCAAGCUCUGACGGCAAAAAGAAAAAGAAAAGAGGUGAAGCAGUUGACCAAAUGGAACGUGAUUUUAAACCAAUCCUACAUGACUUAAGCAACUCUAGCUCAGAACUCUCUGUGGAAUACAAACCAGUCCGAGAGAAAGCCAAAAGAGUUUCCUUUGCCGAUGAGCCUAAGUGGAAUGAGUCUCAGAACCCAAAAGGCGCCAAUCCUGAUCACGAAGAAAGAAAUGAGGCCAGAAAGAAAAGAAAGAACAUCAAUAAAGAAUUCAAAAAUCUCCAAGUGCCCAAAGAGGUUGAGAUAAUAGACCUGAACAGGGACGGAGGCAUGACAAGUUCUAAACCAAAUCUCAGACCAAGAAGAGAUGGAGAAGAAAGAGUCGAGAUGAAAAAGAAGAAACCUAAGAAAGAUAAUAAAGAUAAAUUAGAAUCCAAACAAAAGAAGGAUAACAAAGUGAUUCUUAGAAAAGAGUCUGAUAUAGCCCAAGGAGAUAUACUGAGGACUAAAGAGCAAGGCCAGUUUGAUUCGAGAAUUUUGUCUCCGUUUAGAAUGGGAAAUAUGCCAAUUGAGGACACAUCUACUGCUCCUCGUAAUAACAAUAUGGAUAACUCUAGUAUGUUGCCUUCGAGAGUAACGUUUAUCCCAUAUUAAUUUUUAUUCAAUCCAGAA